UUAUGGGCUGUAGCGCAUCGAAAAACGUAACGGUUGAGCACCUGGAUGCUGCUGAAAAUGGUGAAGUUUCACAAAAAGAUACAGUAGAUAAUGAAAGUGGUGAACGUCGACAGUCCUUACCAUUGAGUCCAAAGGAUAUUCCUCCGAUUGAGAGCGAAGAGCCACCGGCUGACAUGCUCGAGACGCCCAUCGUGAACAACAUUCAGAAGAAAGAUAGUGGAUUAGCCUUCGAUCUUGCUUUCGAGGAUGAUACCGAAGAAAGCAUUAUAAAGAAACACCCUCCUAAACGAUUUCAGAUGGUAGAAAGUCAACAAGGCAGCCCUGUUACCCUUGAAAAAUUGCAAGAGAAGCUAGAGGAAGCUGAGAUGAGGAGGCAACAGAUUUUGUCGCAACGUGUACAGUCUGCUAAACAGAGGAAUGCAAUAAGAAAGCCAACUUCUGAAUCGUCUGUGAAUGAAGAUGAGAAUGAUUCUCAAAUUAUUGAUAAAUGCAGUGAGGAACAUAAGACAACGCAUGUUGAUUAGAAUAUAUUUUUCAGCACUCAAAACUUGUUUUCGUUUUGUUUUUUUUUGGGUGCGAACUGAUUUAGGAAUAAGGAAUAUUAGAUGAAGUUAUAAAUUUAAGUGAAUGAUUUAUAUAAUAAA